AUGUUAACACAGUUGUAUCGUUUCAUCGACUCUCUGGCUGUUGUAGCGACUGUUUGUGUAGCAGCAGUGUUGUUGGCGAAGAGCUGCGCGUGUGUCAGCGAGCAGGACGAUGAGGUCCUGGAGAAAAAACAGCUCAUGGAGUUUUACAAGAAGGGUCUGUUUAUCCUGGAGAACGAGGCGCUGAAACGCUGCAUCACCGUGGAUCGCUCCAACCUGGUGCUGGAGGACUGCGAGCGGCCCACGCGCCGCAUGCUGUGGAAGUGGGUCUCCCGACAUCGCCUCUUCAAUUUGGGCACCAGCACGUGCCUGGGCCUCAACAUGUCUGACACGACGCAGCCUCUCGGCACGUUUGAGUGUGACAUGGCCCUCCCUGUGCUGUGGUGGCGCUGCAACGGAUACAUGCUGUAUGGAGCGUCCCAGUGGAAGGUGUCUGCAGCCGGACGUUUGGUGGUGGUUAAGAAAGACUCCUAUCAUGAGUGGAAAAGGUACAACACCCCCAGAGAGGGGCCCUGCGCAUAUCCAUAUGAAGAUAUACACACUUUGUUGGGAAAUGCACAUGGCAUGCCCUGCGCUUUGCCCUUCAAAUACAACAACAAAUGGUACUCUGAGUGCACGACUGAGGGGCGCGAGGACCAUCUUCAGUGGUGUGCUACCACCACUCGCUACGAUGAGGCCGAAAGAUGGGGCUUCUGUCCGGUGCAAGAUUCCAGUUGUGAGCAUUUCUGGGAGUCAAACCAGGAGCUGCGUGCGUGUUACCAGUUCAACCUGUACACCAUCCUUACCUGGAGUCAGGCGCUGUCAACCUGCCAGGCUCAAGGUGGAAAUCUGCUCAGCAUCACCAACCUGGCAGAGUACAGGUACAUCAGAGAUCGACUGGCAAGUGUUGGAGUGAUGGUGUGGAUUGGGCUGAACCACCUGAAGGAUGGGCGGGGGUGGCAGUGGUCUGAUGGAGCGCCUCUAUCACUGGUCAAUUUCACCACAGGUCUGCCUGCCAGCCCGCUGAAGGACAACAGACAGUGUGGAGUGUACAAUUCAGCCUACGAGGGUCACUGGCAGAGUCUGACCUGUGAGUCUGCUCUGCCUUACAUCUGUAAGAAGACGCCCAACGACACCCGGAGAGCCGAGCCACUAGAGAACUGGCAGUAUAUCCAUACAGAGUGUGCUAACGGCUGGUGGCCUCAUAAUGGUUUCUGCUACCGGCUGCUGUCAGAUACCGAAGCAGGAAGCUGGGAGGAGUCUUCCCGGGCCUGUAGCUCUCAGGGGGCAAACCUCACCAGCCUCCACUCCCUGUCUGAGUUGGAAAUGCUGCUCAACCUCCUGACUAACUCUUCUGGGGAGAGUAUGGAGGUGUGGAUUGGUCUUUGGAAACAGGCAUCGUCUCCGUCUGUAGAGUGGUCUGAUGGCUCACCAGUAACUCUCACUCUCUGGCACCAGUAUCACCCUCCUCACAACUUAACGGAUGCAACACUCUGUGUCAAAGCAGACAGGAAGGAAGGUAACUGGCUUUUAUCGUCAUGUGAUGAGCGACUGCCUGCUGUGUGUAGAAGAGAAAGCCAGAAACCCGUUCAUCAGCCUGGGAAAUGGGAUGAGGGCUGUCCUGAGGGCUGGAAGCGACAUGGCCACUCCUGCUUCAUGGUGACUAGCCACGAACAGAGCUUUGAUGAUGCACUGAUGGGAUAUUACUGCACGGGUCCUCUCCUUACUGUGGAAAACAGGUUUGAGCAGGCGUUUGUCAACAGUUUGCUCAGUGAAAGUGGGACCAACAGCAGCAGGUAUUACUGGAUCAGCCUCGGAGACGUGGAGAAGAAGGGAGAGUACAGCUGGCUUCCUUACAAUGGCUUCUCGCUGCCUCUCACCUUCACUAACUGGAACAAACACCAGCCAGUCAGUGCUGGUGGAUGUGUUGCUAUGUCAGGUGGCACUGCUUUGGGUCACUGGGAAGUGAAAGACUGCAAGUCACACAAGGCCUUGUCAGUGUGCAAGCAGAGCAUCAGCAGCUACAAGGAUGUCCAGCUGCCAGAGCACCACAUUGAUGCCUACGCCCCCUGUCCUCCAGGUUGGGAAUCACACUCUGGGAUGUUCCACUGUUUUAAGGUGUUCCACGAUGAGAAGGUCCUGAUGAAGCGUUCCUGGGUGGAGGCAGACUUCUUCUGCCAGGCCCUCGGGGCUCGGCUGGCCAGUUUCCACCACUAUGAGGAGCAGGUGUUUGUUAAGCAGCUCCUCAGUACCAUGUUUGAAGGAACAGAGGGUCGCUGGUUCUGGGUGGGUUUAAAUAAGAGAGACCCUGAACAUCCCGGAGCCUGGGAGUGGUCUGAUGGUUCUCCUGUGGUGACGUCCUUCAUAGAGGAUAAGAACGAGGAGGAUGACAGGAGGGACUGUGCCGUGUACAGCGACCUGACCAACGCUCUCAUGCCGCAGCCCUGUGACACCAAACACGAGUGGAUCUGCAAGAUGUCCAGAGGUGAUAAACUGAAAAAACCCUACUGGUACACUGAGCAGAGCGAGCCCUGGGUCUUUUACCGCGGAGCUGAGUACCUGCUGGCGAAGCAGCCCUUUGACUGGGACGCUGUCUCUCUGGCCUGCCAGAUGAUGGGAGCCUACCUGCUGUCCAUUCACUCCAGAGAAGAGCUGCACUUCGUCAAGGAGCGCCUGCGGCGGCUCUCCCUGGGCCCGACAGACUGGUGGAUCGGCCUGUCCUUUGGGCAGCCUGGAGAGGAGGCCAGGUGGAGCGACAAGACGGACGUAGAAUUUCAGAACUGGGAGGAGAGGAGUACCAGUGGUGGCCCAAGGAGAAACGGGAUGUGUGUCACCAUGUCCUCUUCAUCAGGGAAGUGGUCGAUGAGAAAAUGCAGCGAUCUCCACGGUUACGUUUGCAAGAGAAAGACUGUGUCCGUGGUGGAGACUCCCAGAGAGCCGCACUACAUCGGAGGAUGUCCGGAGAAAUGGCUGUACUUUGGACACAAGUGUCUCCUGCUUCACCUCCCUGACAGCCCAAAGGAAGGAAAGAGUUGGAAAGAUGCCCAGUCCAUCUGCUCCUCAUUCGCUGGCUCGCUGGUUGCUAUAGAAGAUGAGAUUGAACAAGCCUACAUCACCAUGUUGCUUCAGGGAAGCUCUGUAGGUGUUUGGAUUGGUCUGCAGGACGUCAUGAAAUGGGUCAAUGGGAAAUCAGUCAGCUACACCAACUGGUCUCCAAUUGAACCAAAGAGCUACAUCACUGAUGGAUUUGCUGAUGAGCCGUUGUGUACUGUUCUGUCCAACAACCACAACUUCCACCUGACAGGGAAGUGGUACGAUGAGAGUUGCAGCGAGAGUGGUUAUGGCUUUGUUUGUGAAAAACCUCAAGAUAUAUCCAAACCCCCCACCCACUCCUAUCAUCACCCUCUCCCUGACAACAUUGAGUACAGGAGAAGCAGCUACAAGGUUGUGUCUGGCAACAUGAGCUGGUACGACGCGAUGCACAUGUGCAUAGAGCAUGAUGCGGACCUAGUGAGCGUUACCGAUGCCUACCACCAGGCCUUCCUUACCGUCCUUGUCAAUAGAUUGGCAGUCCGCCACUGGAUUGGACUGUACAGUGAAGACGGUGGCUUCAAUUAUCAGUGGUCAGAUGGCAGUGACACAGUGUACACGCACUGGGACCCAGCCGAUGACGAGGACGACUUUGUGACGGGAGAGUGUGUGUACAUGGACGUGAACGGAGGCUGGCGGAGAGCAGACUGCGAAACUCUGCUACCAGGAGCCCUGUGUCAUGUUCCCCCACCAAGCAGUAAACCAUUUAGCUCAUAUGAGCUGUCGUGUCCCUCCACGUGGGUGAAAUUUGGACAUGCCUGUUACAACUUCGAGCCUGUGGUGCAGAAACUUACAUUCGAAGAAUCAAGAGAGCACUGCAGGCAAAAAGUCAACACCUCAGAUGUCCUGACCAUUGAGAGUGAAACAGAGAAUCGUUUUGUUCUGGAGCAGCUGUGGUCGUCGGGGUUCCUUCACCACGGCGUGUGGUUGGGGAUGCACUUCAACAUUGACACUGAUUCUCUGGCCUGGGUGGAUGGUUCACCUAUAGACUACACCAACUGGCCCAACAAAGCCCCAGACUCCAAGGUGCUGACUGCAGACUCCUGUGUUACUACCAGGGUGGUUGACGGCGUGUGGCACCUGUCGCGGUGCACCGAGCGGCUCGGCUUCGUCUGCAAAACCACCUCACAUGAGAUUACUGAGGUGGAGGUGGAGCCGCUGAAUGGUUUACAUCACGGUAUCAUCCCCGCUGCGGUGCUGGUGGCUGUACUGAUCUUUGCCCUGCUGGCAGGAGCGAUGUGGUUUGUGUACAAGAGGAACGCUUCACGUUUCCGCAGGCUUCCUACGCUCGGCAACGCUUAUUACAGACAAACCAGCUCACAGGCUACAGAGUCGGAUGGAAACGUGCUGAUCACAGACCUGGAGGCUCACUCAGGAGAAUAGCACUCAAUGACUCCUUUAAGGUGCUGUUCUCCUGUUCUCUGUCUGUCUGAUUUCACCAUCAGAUAUAAGCGCCAAAUGACACUGUGAAGCUGUGACUCCUCAGGACAGUGGUGAGACGAUGGCGGCAAACAUUUCUUUCUGUAAUUUGAAAAUGUGUUUGAAGGAUCCCGGUUGCUCUCAACCGUUUUCACUCAUUCAAAACAUUUAAAUGAGACAAAUGUUUGUGAAGAUAUUUGUUGACGCUAACACUGAAGCGCACACAUUUGAAUUUUUAGACUAAUAAAGUUCACAUAAAUGAGAAUGUUGAAGAAGGGAUGCUGGAGAGCUUUAAAGAGGUACUGAACACUUGAUGCUUGUUAUAAUCCUGCAGUGUGAGGAUUGAAUCUGUUACAAUUGGUACACAGUAUUUAGGAAAAUUAUUUGGAUUAUAAAGAAACAAGAUUCAAACAGGUGAAAAAAAAUCUUGGCCUACUCGUCAGGGUCAAAAGUAAAAUGAAUUGUCAUAAAUAACAGGCAGAUUGAUGACAAAAUAGAAAUAACAGUGAUAUUUGUGAUGCAAUUUUGUAUAUUUCAUUCAGAAUUCAGGAGCUGUUGGAGCUGCACACGUGGUACAGCAAUGUUGUCAGUAUUACUUUUGUAUUUUUAUUUUAUUUUUUUUAAGUACACAUGCUGUAUAUUGAUAAAAGAGUUUGUUGUAUGUUCAAAACUAAGAAAAUGUGUAAGGCAUAACUGUUGAUUGGCUUUGUUCUCUUGUUCACGUUUGUCUGCUGAUACAAAGCAAAUUAUUAUAUGUAUUUUGCACAAUUUUCUUUGUGUUUUAAUAAAUUGAAGUUCGGCCUCACA